UAAAAGGAGGGUUUCAUUACGCGAAAACUAAACUUACUUCAUCUUAUUCUUUGUUUAGUCGAAUCUGAAGCUGAGAAGUUCCGUGAAUCUGAGAGAGUUCUGUGAAUCCGAGAGUGAAAGUAAAGACAAAAAGUGGUGUUGAAGAGUUCGGAUGUAAUGGACGUCGGAUGCAACUCUGGGUCAGAGAAUCACUCCCCCAAUGCCUCUGCUCCUCCUCUUAAUUCUCCUACCGCCACCGUCAAUUCCAAGAUCGGAAAGAAUAAAUCGAGCAGGGAGUCUGGUCAAUCAUCAAGUGCUCUUAACAAGUGCAAAUCACAAAUUAGAAAGCCUCCUCGUCGUAAAACCUCGCCUGUUAACUGGUUCCCACGCAAAAAAGGGGAUACCUACAUGAAUAGGAAAAUUAAGAUGCUUCAGGAAGUAGAUGGUAUAAAUUUGACGCUUGAUCAGACUCUAGGCAGUUCUAACCCACAUUAUUCAAGAGUUCUGAGAGAGAAAAUGGCAGCUAGAGAAGCGGCGCAUAAGGCAAUGGAGACCCGAAGAGCUGCAUUAGUGGAAGCCUCUUGGUGUCGUAUUUUACAUUCUGCCAGGAUUCCUAGUGAUGAUGCGGAGGCUGAACUCUUAAAGGCAGAAAAAAGUGCGGAAGAAGCUUUUGGGACAGCCCAGGCUAUGGGUGUUAUUAUGUUUGACUUGCCAAACUGCCCUAGGAAGCUUUGCCAAACAGAGACAUCCUCAGUUCAUGGAGAAGGAUCAUAUACCCAUGGUGUUACUGCAUCUUUUGAAACUGCCUUUGAGGUGGACAGAGAAGUGGCUGCCGCAGUCAAAACUGCAUUUAUCAAGCUUGCAAAGUGCACUUCAUUUAGUAAAGGUGAAUUCAAAGAACUGCUAAGAAAAAUUAGUGAAAACCCAGAAAACCCAGAUACGGGUGAAAGUAAUCAGGACCAGACUGAGCUCUGUUCAGAGUAUGAAUCUGAGUCCGGGACAGAGUUUGAUUCAGCCUCGCAAAAGAGUGACUUCAACUCCCAAGAGUUAGAUUCCAAGAUACCUUUUCUUGGGAAAAGCAGGGGGAAGAGGAGACAGUCUCUUGAGAACAGAACAAAACUUGUGGAUAUGAUGAUUGAGAGGUUAAAAUGUUUUCAAGAAGAUGAGCUUUCUUCUCUCGCCACUAUAGUUGCAACUUAUGGUUUGAAUGCUUCCUUGGCUGAAGUGCAGAAUGCCAAACUGCACAAUCUAGACUCUUCAACUGAGUAUUCAUCUUCUUCAGCGACUAAUUAUCCUGCGAGAAGAAUGUCAUCGUUGGGAUUGGGAAAGUUAGCCUUGGAUGUGACGAGAAAGAAGCAAGUUGAGCCAGAAGUACCAAGCCUAGAUAAGUUUUUAGUUAAGCACGUGACAAAACUUGAAAGAGAGGUUUGGGAAGCCAAACAGACCCUAAAGACAAAGACAGAACCAGUCAGGGAUAGCUCUCGUAAAUCUGUUGAUGAAACUCUAUCAGAGAAUGUACCUGAUUUGGGAAGUAUUCUAGUGAAGAAUUAUUCAAAAUUAGAGAAAGACAUCAAGGAGGCAAAAAUUAAGUCCGGAAAGGAGAUGCCAGCAGUUUCAAGCGGCAUGCCAAACAGGCCAAAGGAUCACAUAGAAGUACCAAGCUUAGAUAUGGUCUUAGUGAAACAUGUCUCAAGACUUGAAAAGGAAGUCCAAGAAGCAAAAAACAGAAGAAUCAAUGAGAAUAACAGUUUGAAGAAAGAAGUUUAUCCAGAUACUUCAGGUGAACUGGAUUCAACUUUCUAUUCUGAUGAAGCAUUGUAUAGGAAAGAAAACAUAAAUUCGAACAUAGGGUCCAAAUCAGGGGAAACCAAAGAUGGGUUGGAGAAAAUACGGGUAAGACCAGUGCACAGAUUUGAAAGAGAGAAGCUGCAUGUUUUGUCAUUGGGAAGCCGUGAAAACUACAAACAAAGAAUGAAUCAUGAGGCAACGAAUGUUCCAGAUUAUGAGAGCUUGGAUAAAGUUUUAGUAAAGCACGUCUCUAUAUUAGAGAAGGAGAAAAUGAGGAGCAAUCUGGAGGAAGAGUGGGGCCAAGUUAAGAGAAGCCACAGAAACAUCCAUUUAGAAACAAAUGAAGGCGGUCUGGAUCAGGUGUUGGUUAAGCAUAAAUCCAGACUCGAGCAAGAAAAGAUGGUUGCUGCACAGCAGCCAGAGACCACCUCAGUUAGUCGUUCAAUGACUCGUCGUGAAGCAAGGGAGAGAGAGUUGCAAGAAACGUGGGGAGGAUUGAGCUUAGGAAACGUCCAUUUGGAAACAAGUGAAGGUGGUCUGAACCAAGUGUCAGUAAAAAAUAAAUCCAGACUAGAUGGAGAAAAGAUUGUUGCUGCUCAACAGUCAGAGAACUCGGUUAGUCUUUCAGUGUCUCGUCGUGAAGCAAGGGAGAGAGAGUUGCAAGAAGCUUGGGGAGGACUGAGCCUAGGAAACUCCAUUAAACCUCGUGUCUCUAAGCUUGAACGUGAAAAGGCUGCCUGGAUUAAAGCCGAAGAGGAGGAACGGAAGCAAGCAAUGAAAGCACUUUGAUUGCAAUAUCUCGUACAAUUCAUUCAUUCAUUUAUUCAUCCCUCUUGAUAAAAAUGUGCUAAUACUGUAUUUUGGCUAAUACUGAAAAAUGUUUGAUCA